AUGGGUGUCCAUGGGCUCUACACGCAAGUGACCGAGCAGCAGAGCCUUUGGCGAAUUCUGAGGGAGCAGGAGCUGCCAUUGCUGGUGGUCGAUGCCGGCUCGUUUCGAUACGAGAUGUGCCGGCAUUUUUUCUUCGGCACCCGCCACGGCGGAGACUACUUCAGCCUGAAGCUUGCAUUGGAGACCUUCCUCCGUCGCUUCCUGGGCUGGGGUUGGGAGAUGGUCUUCGUCUUCGAUGGGGUUCCAACGAAGUGGAAGGACCAGACCUGGCAGAAGAGGACUGAGGCAGACAUCGCCCGAGCGGACCGGGACAGCCGCGGAGUGGGCGACUGGGACGACUGUUUGCCACCCAUCCUGUCCGGAGCAGUUCUGUCCGCGGCACUGGCCAGACUCGGGAUCGAGGCUCUCCAGGCCGAUGGCGAUGCUGAUGGGGUCGUUGCGUCCGUGGCUAGGGAGCGACAGGGCAUGGUGGUCUCGCGCGACUCGGACUUGAUGUUGAUGAGAUCUCGGGGCUACAUCGAUAUGCCACAGUUUUUCCAGUUCGGCUUGGAGAACGAGGAUGCCUUGUUGGUGUUGGAGCCGCUCAGGCUUUGGCAACACCUCGGCAUCACCCAGGCCGAGGUACCUUUGUUCGCCACUCUCUGCGGGAACGACUUUGUGCCCUUCGAUCAGAUGCGACCAUGGCUACAGACGCUCCGCAAGGAUAGUGCCAGCACGGGGAAGCACGCUACGAAUUUUUCCGGGGUAGUGGAUUUCCUCCACGGGUGUCAGCAGAAGUCCGAAGACUUGCUCACCGCCGCCAAGCGCAUCGUGCCCGAAAGCCUCCACCUCCAUUUUGCUUACAGUGUCACAGACUUUUACGACCAUUGCUACGAGGAGGAUGAAUCCAAGCUGCUUCUGGACGGCAUGCCGCUGUCCGACGCUCCGCUCGCCAUGUGGCGUCGGCGCGAGCUCUCAGGGGCGAUGCUGGCGGCUGCGAACCGCGGCUACCUGGCCCUCCCUGCCAUGGUAGAGGAAGGGAAGGCACCGAGCAGCUGGCUGCUCUCCCGGCCGCUGCGGGCCGCCGCGGUGAAGCUCCUCCCCGGGCCGGUGGUGGAGCGCCUGAGGAAGAGCUGCGGCUUGAAGGUCGAAGAGGCCGCUCUCGAGACGUGCGCGCUGGAGCCUCCUUUCAAGUGGCCUUACGGCUUGGAGGGUGCGAGCCUUGAAGCCCGACGGCAGUUCUUCAGGGAGGCCGUGGAUUGGCCUCGCUUGGAGGAGGACUGUGGCGAGGCGCCUCCACGAACUGUGCUUCCUUUGGCCUGUUUGCGGUUCCUGGUCCUCAGCAAUGCAGACCAGACCCCUCCCCCCUUGGACAUCCCCUGGCCAUAUCUCGGGGUGCUGCUGCUGCAGCUAGCACUGUCUCCCAAAAAGCAGCAGGAAAUGGUGGCAGAUCUGAGAGUCCAGUCGACCAAGGCCUAUUGCCCAGCAGCGGUGUCCUUUCUCAACACCUACCUGGGCGCGCUCUGGUCGGUGUCUCUGCUGAACGAGGCACUGGGCAGGCCUUAUGAAGCUUUAGAUGUGAUAGCUGCUUACAACGGCCCCUUCCUGCACGCCAUGAUCCGAAGCCUGCACGCCGGAUCCUCAGACCACCGGUUCUUCAGCACCGACGACCAGGAGCGCGUGGUGCUGCGCUUGUCGGAUGUUCCCCAGGAAGAUCUGAUCGGUCGCUUGUUGCCCAUCUUCAGUUUGGGCGUGGUGGAGGAGGUGGGGAAGAAGGCCUUCUCAGGCAAGGUGAGCGGGAAAAAGCUGAAGUUCACCAUGCCUUGCAGCGCAGCAAAGCCGAAGCCUGAGCGGAAGUCCUCGAAACCCUCGAAACCUUCGAACGCCUUUGAGGCUUUGCGCUCGUGA